AGCAUCUCUCUCUGGCGUUUUCCCUGGCGCUCUUCUAUUCUCUCUCUCUCAUUUCCUUAAUCCGUUUCCUCAAUUGUUCGAAAUUCGGCGCUCUGAAUCCUUUUCAUGUACUUCGCAGUUUUGAAUCUCAAGGCCUAGGAAAUUCCUCUGUAUCUGUGAUUCCGUCGCUUCGGUACUCUUUGUUCUCCCAUGGCGAUUGAGGAGGAUACUGAGAGUUGCGGAAGUAGAGCUGUGGACUCGCGGGCGCAGGUGAAUCCUCGGCACAGGCAAAAACUGGAGGUUUAUCAUGAAGUGCUUAGGCGAAUCCAGGAAUCCAAUUACGAAGAAGCGUAUCGUCCUGGUUUUGAUGAUCAGCUCUGGCUUCAUUUCAAUCGACUGCCCGCUAGGUAUGCAUUGGAUGUGAAUGUGGAUAGAGCAGAAGAUGUGCUAAUGCACAAGAGAUUAUUGCAAUUGGCAGAAGAUCCUGCUAAUCGACCUGCUUUUGAUGUUCGUCCUGUGCAGGUUUAUCCUGUCUCCAAUGGACAUUCUGUUGAUUUUGUCCAUUCAGAUAACUCAAUGAAAGAAGAUGCACAAAGUUCUCAUCAAUUGAGUAGACAUGGCAUUCAUCCACCACCUACCUUUGGUUCAUCACCCAAUUUGGAAGUCCUUGCUCUUCAAGCAAACAGAUAUCAUCUUGAAGAUGGAGACAGUGCUGCAAAUCAAACAUCACCUUCUUUUCGCCCCAUGCACGAGAUCACCUUUUCAACAGUUGAUAGGCCUAAGCUUCUUAAUCAGUUAACUAUCUUACUUGCUGAGAUUGGAUUGAAUAUUCAAGAAGCUCAUGUGUUUUCCACUGUUGAUGGGUUCUCUUUGGAUGUCUUUGUUGUUGAUGGUUGGCAUUCUGAGGAAACCGAGGAGCUUAAAAAUGAACUUCAAAAGGAAAUUUUAAAGUCUAAGGAGAAAUGUUCAAAUCAGAGUUCAAUCACUGCUGUGAGUGAGCUUAUCAAAGAACAGGUUGUAUCCUUGCCUGGUUGCAUAGAAAUCCCUUCUGAUGGAAAUGUAUGGGAAAUUGACACCAGGCAGCUGAAAAUUGAAAACAAAGUUGCAUCUGGAUCAAAUGGUGAUUUGUACAAAGGCACAUAUUGCAGUCAGGAAGUUGCUAUCAAAAUCCUAAAGUCUGAGCGUGUUACCACAGAAAUGCUGAGAGAAUUUUCUCAGGAGGUUUUUAUAAUGAGGAAAAUCCGACAUAAGAAUGUUGUCCAAUUCAUUGGUGCAUGUACACGGCCUCCAAUGUUGUGCAUUGUGACUGAGUUCAUGGCCAGAGGCAGCCUGUACGACUAUCUACAUAAACAAAGAGGAACUUUUAAGUUGCCAUCUCUACUCAAAGUAGCAAUUGAUGUUUCAAAGGGAAUGAACUAUUUGCACCGAAACAAUGUAAUCCACAGGGACCUCAAAACUGCCAAUCUUCUGAUGGAUGAAAACGAAGUUGUUAAAGUUGCAGAUUUUGGUGUUGCCAGAGUGCAGUCUGAGUCUGGAGUGAUGACAGCAGAAACAGGAACAUACCGCUGGAUGGCUCCUGAGGUCAUUGAACAUAAACCAUAUGAUCAUAAGGCAGAUGUUUUCAGCUUUGGAAUAGUGCUCUGGGAGCUUCUGACUGGAGAGCUGCCCUAUGCUUAUUUAACUCCACUACAAGCAGCAGUUGGCGUAGUGCAAAAGGGUCUGCGCCCUGCAAUUCCUAAGCACAGUUAUCCAAGACUAGCAGAACUGCUUGAGAGAUGCUGGCAGCAGGAUCCGGCUCAAAGACCCAACUUCUCUGAAAUUAUUGAUAUCCUUCAGCAAAUGGCAAAGGAGGUAGCAGAUGAAGGGCGAGAUCGCCAUAAGAGUAAACCUUCUGGCAAUUUUUUCUCUGCUAUUAUGAGAGGGCACCAUUGAAUGUCACGGGGAAACUCAGUGCUGCUGAUAAUGCAUGCAUAAUCGGCUUGCGUGUGCGUUCUCUCACCAUAUACUCUUUGCAUCGUACAGCAUUAUGCAUGAUCGGCAACUCCAUUUUAGCCUUUUCCUUGACAUUUUCCUUAUGCUUUCACCCAUUUCUUUUUCAUUCUUCAUUUCCUCAUAUCCGUAAUACUUGCCUUUACAUGUUUUUGGUGCCUGAUUUGGAGUAAGCACGGUAUUAAGGUUCUUUUUUGGUAGGGAGUUUUGGACAAGCUGUAAUGUGAGUGGUAGUGCCCACGAGAAAUAGAAAAGGCAAAACAUAUACAUAAAAAUAAAGGGGAAAAUGAAUAAGCAGCUUUUAGCGAUGAAAUACUUUGAAAGUUACAUACUGGAUAAGCCUUCAAUUGGCAAGCAAGAAUAUCUCUCUCUCCAAUUACAAUGUUAGUGUUAGGUAGCAAAGUGAGGUACUACUGUACUAGCUAGAAAGCAGAUACUUGAUUAUUUGUGGUGAAACACGGUCAGAGGUGCGAUGAAUAGUCAGUCAUCUCUAGACUUAAUCAGGAGUUGUUGUGCUCGAACCCUCACCUGCAACCGGACUAGAGCGUGCAUGCAAUGCAAGGCUAUCCGUGCUUGUUUCCUCACGUAUGCCCCACGAACCAAAGCUUGCAUCUUAACCAGGCUUUUCAAUGCUCGGUAUGCCCUUCUUGCCUGUCAA